AGUAGAAUUGGAGUAAAGAAAUGCCCACUGAAAGACCUGAAUAGGCUACCCAACUCUCAUUCGACUGAAAAUGUAUAAACUACAGUUGUUGAGUGUGUUUUUAAAUGAUCGUUUAACUGCGGCUGCUGUGGAGAUUUUCGGGGAAGUAGAGAAAAUGGUAGUGGAGUACCAGGAGGAGAAUAAUCGUCUACGGAGCCUGCUGCGGAUCACACCGGACAUAAAACUAUGUAGAAUAGACUCCCUGCAGCUCUCUGUCUCUGAAGAGGAGGUUCCCCCUGAGCAGCAGCACUGUGAGCAGGAGUGGAGCCCCAGUCUGGGACAGAAGGACCCAGAGACCAAACAGAUUAAAGAGGAACAGGAGGAGGUCAGGACCAGUCAGGAGGAAGAGCAGCUUCAAGGGGUGGAGCCUGAUAUCAUAGAGUUCAAUUUCACUCCUUCCUGUGUGAAAAGUGAAUGUGAUCAGGAGGACCCACUUCAGUCCUUGACUCUUCCCCAAACCCAGACUGUGGAGAACAGAGAGAGUGACUCUAUACCAGUAUAUCCUGAACCUUUUGGCACUGUGACCCACCUUAAGGGUAUCAACAUUCCUUGUGGCCCUCCAGAUAAUCAGAAGAAUGCCUACAGCCACAGUUCAGCCAUAUGCAGCAACCCAGUAGGAAUUGACAACAGUCCACUAUUGGAUCCCAACCCACAAUUGGAUCUGAUCCCACCAAUGGGGGAACUCUGCACCUGCCCCUUUUGUGGCAAAACCUUCAAACAAAAAGGAAAUCUGUCCAUGCACAUGAGGAUUCACACAGGAGAGAAACCAUUUAGCUGUGGUGACUGUGGGAAGAGCUUUAUUCAGAAGGGGGACCUAAGGAGACAUAUCCUGACUCACACAGGAGAGAAACCAUUCAGCUGUAAUUUUUGCUGUAAAAGCUUCAAUCAGAAAGGGGACCUAAGGAGACACAUACUGACUCACACGGGAGAGAAACCAUUUAGCUGUGAUUACUGUGGUAAAGGAUUCAUUCGCAAGGAACACCUAACUGCACAUAUACGGACUCACACGGGGGAAGUUUCGGUCUCAGGCAGAACCUAACCACGCAGGAACUGAUGUAGAUCUAUGAUCGAUUUUAAUGUUGAAAACAUUCUGUAAAAUAAAGUUUGAUUUGAUUUGAAUGAUUGAGGUAAUGAUCAAACAGCACAGAGGAUUGUAUAAGAAAUGAAUAGGUCCGCUGUUCAAAGUCUGUAGUUCUCUUCAUUAGAAACAGGACUAUCUGAUCGUUUGGUUAGGAAUGUCUCCCAUGGUGAUAAAGGAAGGGGGCAGGCUGAUUGUUGAUGCCAAGAAAUACAAUUCCCAAAAAAUAUCUCCUUCCAUUUUCUCAAGAGUUUCUCAUCAAUUCAGUUGCUGCUCAUGCUGUUCAUUCACGAUCUGAAAUUGCGAUUCGAUAUUGCGAUGUUAUUGCUGCUAUUUGAUAUUUUCGUAAACAUAUCGAUCCCAAUAUGUCUCCUGCAGAGAGACGAGAGAGCAUCAGAAAAUGUGUUUUGAUCAUGGAAAUAAAAGUGAU